UAGUAUGCACUACGCAGACUAGGUAAGCCAGUUCUCAGAUCAGGGAAACGCAACAGCGCUAAUAGCAAUGAGAUGUUCUAACCAACCUGAUCGCUGACUAAAGGUUUCGUAAAUGACCCUGCUGCAGCUUUGGACGCCAUCUAUCGGGAACAAUUGAGCGAGAGGGUCACUGACGUCCGCGUGCAGCUCGCGCAAACGUGGCGCAGCUGACUUGUGCUGCCAUCUGCUGAAGUAGUAAGCAAUAUGGCGGCGAGUUAAAAGUAAAUCUUCGUUGAUAGAACACUUUGGGACAUGAUGACAACAUUGUAGAACUAAAUUUUUCGGAUCCUCUGAAUGAUGAUGAAUAUUAAACUCACACAUAGUUUAUCUCCUUAUUAAACUAAACUAUAACAGGCACAUAUAUGAAAACAUUAGGGAUUAACAUACAAAAUAAGCUUCAUUUUUAAAACAUUCGAGAUAUUCUUGAUUUUUCGUUGUAAUGUGAUUGUUCUGCCCGGAAAUUCUAAUCAGUUGACUACCAGUGAUGCCUCAGACUUCUCUUAUACAUUUCCUAAUUUAUGUUGGUAGUGCUGAUACAAGUGAAACCGCCAUAUCCUGUGUUAGAGUAGUGUACACAGAAAUUUGAAAGUAGUUGCGAUAUGUGAAAUUUGUGUUUGUUUCUGUGAGAAGACUGUCAAAACCGGGCUAAUACUGUGCAGUUUGUGAAUGUGUUGUGCCGGGAAUGAGAGAAGUAACACGUUUUGAUGGCGUUUGGAACGGUUGUUGUUUCGUGAAGAAAGCUUAGCGGAGUAUGGAAAGGUGAUGGAAGAACUUGCCUCUUGUUUGGUCGUAACAGGAUAGGAGUCAGGUGGCUAACGAUACGGGUAUUCCGUCCGCCGAAGUACUGAGAAGCGCUGUUGGUGUACAAACCAUUAUCCUAAAUGACCGGUGCUCCUGCCUCUGAUCAAAAAUUGUUACUUAUUCUCAACAUCUUGCAGAAGAUAGUUGUUUCACCAAAUUCAUGUCUGGAGAAUAAGUACUGCUAGUGACUAUUAUAAUUAUGAUUGAAAGAACUGAUGUAACUCAGUGGAAGUGCAUGAAGUCCCAUACUUGCUGGAUGAGUGAUCUAAGCAAUGGCCGGUGCUGAAGCAGUGUCUCCUGAGUUGGAUGAUGAGAAUGCUAAAAAUAAUGAGACCACAGGCUCAACAGUGCAAUCUGAGCUCUGUGAAGAGAAUGCUGACAAUGAAUAUGAGAUGGCAGAACUCCUCCUUGAACCAGAGGUGACAUUAAAUGAAGGAGAAUCGUCUGGAAACACUAAUGUUACCCCUUCAGGAUCUGUGCUGCGUGAAAGUGAUCCUAAAUGUAGUGAGGUUGCAAGUGAACAUAGUUUAAAUGUAUUAUCAGUGCCAUCAACAGCUACAGAUUGUGAAAAUACUAGUAGUAGUAAUUGUGAAAAAGUGUUGGAAACUGUGCCACCCGAGUGUGAUCCCAGUGAAAUACCAGGUGACCCUAGUAUAAAUGUGUUAGCAGAAAAUGAAUGUGUAAACAAAGUUAGUUCAGAGAGUGAAAGUAGUGGUGCAGUGGAAAACUCUGUUGAAAAUAUUAUUACUGUUGGUGCUGAAGGAGCUGCAGGGAGACUUUCGGAUGCUUUCAAUGCUGAGACAGAAACAGAUAAUGUAAAUGGGACAGAUACUCAGGGAUCUGGCAGUACAGGGGAUUUAAAUGUAAACUCUGUAGAAUUCUUCAGCACUGACAGUAAUUUCACUGAACUAACUAGCAACAGCUCUGAACCACUGGGUGUGAGUAAUACCAAAAUACCUGGUGUAGUGAUCAAUAAUGGCAGUGAAUUAUUUAGUCACAAGGAAUUUAAAGAGAAUACUAAUCCUGAAAGUGGGAGUGAUGUGCAAAAUGAGCACUGUGUUGCUGAAGAAGUCAAAAAAAUAGCUAAAGAUAGUGAUUCAGACAUUGAAAGAGAAAAGAGUGAAGCAAAACUUACAAAUUUUGAUGCCCAGCAACAUACAAUAAAUGUUCAGAGUCGUGGAAGUGAAAAUAAUUUCAGUCAAGUUUCUGACAGUAAUGAGGAAGUUACAUUAAAUUCUGUAAAUGUUAUAGAAAAUACCAGGGACUCCAACAGUGAAGACAGCACUUCUACUAAUGGUAACAAUGAUAGUAGUAACACAUUGUGGCAUAAGAAGAAUGUGUUAAAUAGUCACUAUUAUUCUGAACAUGUUACUCGAUAUUGUACUAACAACAUUGAGAGUAGUGGAGAUGCAAAUGUUUUGAAGUCACUUAAGCCUUGCAGUGUUAUCCUUGAAAGACUCAACACAAAUGUUAUUGAUGCAUUAAAAAAUAUUGGCAAUAGUCCAUCAGGCUCUUUCGAAUUAAGUAUUGAGAAGUCUAAUAAAAGGGCUGUAGUGUCUGCUGUAAAAAAUGAAAUCCUUUCUUUUGACCCUGCAGACUCUAACAGAUUUACCUCCCAGAAUGCCAGUUCAAAACUGGAAUGUAGUGGUGAGUAUAUUAUGAAAGAAAACAAAGUGAAACUGCCACCCCGGACUCCAAGAACUACAAGAACUAAAAAAAGAAAGAGGAGGAGAACUAUAUCAAGUAGCUCUAGUGGAGUUCAGACAGGAAGUGAAUCCGAUAGAACCAUCUGUAAUGAUGACAACAAGACUGCCACACAUGAUAAGUUGGAGAUCUCACGAAAAGAUGAGAAUUGUUACAAACAAGAACCAGAACGAAAGAAAUUGAAAACUGUUGAAGAAGACAGUAAAGAUGUUGAAGAUAGUGAUGUAAAUCAUGCCAGUUCUCCUUCAGACCCUAUAGCAAAACAUGGGACAGAUAGCUUAUGUAAUGUAAAAGAAUUUAAAGACAUUUCAUCAGUUGAUAUUACAUCUAGUCAAGAUGAUUCCUCAGAUUACCCAGUUGCUCCAACUGAAGAUCCACUUACUCUGGAUAGUAAGCAAAUGGCAGAUCAGGAAAACUCAGAAGAUGGCAGCAGGAAGGACAAUACGGAUAUAGGACAGAUUCAAAUACCAGCCUCUAUUAGUUUGGGUCAGAGCAACCAUACGACACUACCUGAGGAUGUUUCCAUUUUGAAUAGGGACUUAGGACAGGAAAGCCAGGCAACAGCAGUGUGCCAUACAGAAAGAUCUGAUGUGGAGACAAAUCAGGAAGGGGAACAAAGUGGUGAUUUUGAUAGUCAUGAAAAUGGUGUAGAUACAGAAGGGGGGUUACAAUUGACACUGGGUAACAGCAAUGUUAGUAAUAGGACAAAAUCAAGUUUCCAAAAUGGUACCCCUGCUUGUGAAAAUAUGGAUGCUGGUGGCUUUGGUAGUGAUGAAAUGCCUCCAGAUGCAAACAGCUUUGAAGGAAGUGUGAAAGAAAACUCUGUGACAGACAAAAAUUUGGGAGAUGCCGCAUGUAUAAUUCCUGAUAAGCCUAGAGUUGCUACUUUUGAAGAAACACCUGAGGAUCAAAAACCUGACCUUGCUUUUUUGUCAGUCUCAUCUGACACUCAUGUUGCAGAUACAAGGUUCACCAAUGUGCCUGUGAGACAGCUACAGAAAAAUAACAGAGCAAGAAAAUCAUAUACUGGGAAGGACAUCAAACAGUCUGAGCAGAAAUCUGGGCAGAAAUCUACACGGCCCCAGCGACAGGCUGCCAGGAAAGCUGAAACUCAGAUUAAGGUUUUAGCUGAGCAAGAUUCAAACUUCACAGAAGAGUUAGAGCAACAGGUUUCUGAAGAGGCUACUCAGAUAUGUUACCAGUGUUGUAGAAUACGUGUAUGUAAUCAUCAGGUUACGGUCAAUGGAGUUGUGAAAAAAAUUUGUUCAGAGGAAUGUGUUAAAGUUUUUCAAGCAAAAGGCGAUAAAAUAAAUAAAGAAAGAACCCCCGAAAUUGCCCAUCGCCAGAGAAAAUGCCGACAAUGUCAGAUUGCUGUUACGGGUAGUGAGAACAACUUGGCAUGGGAAACAAUGGAUUUCUGUCAAGAAGAGUGCCUAGCAAAAUUUCAGAAAGACCUUGGUGGAUUCUGUUGUUUUUGCAAGAGUGCUGUGCCUAGUGGUAGCCUGGGAAAGUACUGUGUGCGCUUCGGAUUUGACAUCAGGCAAUUCUGUCGCAGUACAUGUCUUGAAGAAUUCAAGAAAGGACUUAAAGUUUGUAGUUAUUGUCAGAAGGAUAUAUCAGGUGGAUCUGAAGGUUUCUUGGCUCCUGUUGGUGACCGAGGUCAAUUUAAGGAAUUUUGCAGCCAGAAAUGUAUGGAAAAAUAUGAUUACAUGAGUGGUAAUAAAAAACCUCCACCAGUAAUUCAUCAGUGUGCUGUCUGUAAUAAUGAGAAGCUGGUGACUAUCGAAGUGAUGUUGAAUGGUGUCUAUAACAAAUUGUGCAGUGAACCAUGUUUUGCUGCAUUUAAAUUUGUUAACAGAAUUAUUGCAGAUCAGUGUAAUGUAUGUAGGAAAUAUUUUGACCUGUCAAAUGCAGAUAAUUACGUUGCAUAUUAUGAUGAAGUACCUCGCAGGUUCUGUUGCAGAACCUGUAUGAAUGUGUUCAUACUGGCAAAUCGCAGAAUUGUUCCGUGUAACUGGUGCAAGGUGAAGAAAUACAAUUUUGAUAUGAUUAAGCGUGUAACUGCUAGGGGUGUCCACCUACUGAUGUGUUCACUUAAUUGUCUGGCAUUGUACCAGUACUCAGUCAGUGCCACACCUACAAAGCGGAUGUUGUGUGACAUGUGUUCAGUGUUCACGCGAAUGCAGUAUCACUUGGCCAUGUCAGAUUCAUCUGUUCGUAAUUUCUGCAGCUAUGCUUGUGUCAUGAAGUUUCAAGAGCAGUACAAAAAUUCCACUGGUGAGACAUUGACAGCUAGUACUCCUAUCCCAACAGGUGGUCCAAAGAAAGCAGGUAGCCACAAAAAUUCUACUUCAGCUCCGGCAAAUGAUCUUGCACAAAAGAAGGGUACAGCGCCAGUAAUUUCAUCAGUAACAUCAUUAUCACGCUCUCAUCAAAAUGCUAGCACUGGUCUGCCUAUUGGGAGUGAUGGAGAGGCUGGUGGGUGUGUAUCUACAGAUACAGUUCCUGUCGCAUCAGAAGAAUCUUCAGGUGUAUCUAUGAACCUUGGUGCACAGUCAGUCACAAAACCACAAGCAGUAACACCACUGUCCAGUGGAUCAUUGACUUCAUCUCUUGCCAUUUCAUCAAGAGUUCAAUCUGUUCUGAAUGACCUGGCAACAAAACAACCUGUGCCAAUUAGUGCACCAGUGCCUGUGAGUGAAUUCAUAGACACAGAAAUAAAUAAAAUUGAAACAACAAAACGAGCUACCUCGAGUCCACAAGGUUUACCUGUGGUAUUAGAUACAUUUUCAGAAAACCUACCGUCUGGUGUGUUGCCUGUAACUGGUGCAGUUGGGACAGCUACAACUAAUUCGAUGGUACCUUCUGCAAGUGCUGCAUCGGUAGCACUGGUAUCGAAUGCAUUCGUUGGAACUUCAACUGUGGAUGCUGUGUUACCUGAUAGUGGAGAUGGACCAGAUGUUUCAGUGGAUGCACAAAAAAAUCAGCCCAUUUCAAUGGUUCCAGAAAAGUUUUUAGCGAAACCUUCAACAGUAGGUGAAAUCUUUUCUGUAGAGACUGCUUUAGCCCUUGCAACUGGUGUACCAACAGAUUCUAGUAAAAAAGCUGCAUCACAACAAUCAUCUUCUCAGUCAUGGAGGGUGAUACCGGAAGAAUUACCAGAGAAUUCAUCACCAGCAUUGGCUGGUACGACUAGUUCAGGAACAGGAACCACAACUGCUGGAGGAAGUGGGAAACCAGUGUCACAUAUGGAAUCAGAUGCUACAGUAAUGAGGGUACUAGUGAAGGAGGUUGUUUGUAUUGAACCAGAGGAGCCACCAGAAAUGAAAAACGCCAGUGUUUUAACUAAACCAAUUUUACACAGUAAAGGAAUAUCUUGUCGUCCACAUCUGCAGUCUCGGUUAACACAGACAGAUCUGACGCUGACGAAACUGCCUUUUGUACCUAUACCAGUACCAGUUCCAAUAUAUGUCCCAUGCCCAAUGCAUAUGUUUACUUCACUUUUUCCAGUACCUAUGCCAUUCCCACUUCCUAUUCCAGUUCCAACCAUAAUACCCACUACAAAAAACACAUUGGAGGAAUUAAUAACUGAGAUAAAGAAUAUCAGAGAAAAGCUACCAGAAAAUCCUGCUGAAGCUGAAUUACUGACAAUGGCUGAAAUGGUUGCCAAUGAAGAAACAGAAGGCCAACCAGAACCAGGUGGUAAAGGCCACAGUGAUGAUGAUGUUACCGAAAUUGCAAAAGGAGAUGAGACAGCUGCUGUUUCAACGGAGGAAUCUAAUCAAGUAGCAGAAAAAGAAAGUGAAGGUUCAGAAAAAAAACAAAUCACCCCAAAACGGACUCGUAAAUCAUCAGUAACAGUACCUGAGCCUGGUGAAUUUUUAGCACCCUUGCCAGUGAAGUCAGGGGUUCGAGGAAAACCUGAUGCCCAUCUGAUGCUAAAGUACACUUUGUGCUUAAAGGCUUGGCAUUUUUGGGUGAAGGAUAAGAAUAAAGACUUGGAGAUUGCUGCUGGAGCCAAUUACAAACCACGAUUUAUCAAGCCAGAUAUUCUAGAACUUACAGCGGAAGAGUUGAAUUAUGCUCUUUGCCUCUUUGUCACAGAAGCAAAGAAGCCUAAUGGAAUUGAUUAUCCCCCAGAUGUUGUGUUCUAUUUCUGUUUGGGCAUCCAGUAUUAUCUAUAUGAAUGUGGAAGAGUGGAUAACAUUUUCACUGAUCCAUACUACAUAAAAUUUACAGACUGUCUGGACAAAAUUGUGCAAAGUUUCAUGGCUAAACAGAUGGCAUCAGAUGAAAUUGCCACCCGGGUGAUGGAGGAACAUCUGUGGGAAAGCAAGCAACUAGGUGCCCAUUCACCUGAUGUUCUACUUACUACCCUCAUGUUUUUCAAUACUAAAUAUUUCAAUCUUGUGACUGUCGAUGACCAUAUGCAACUGUCCUUUGCUCAUAUAAUAAAGCAUUGGAAAAGACCAGGCCAAGCAAGUGGAGGCACAUCGUCUGCUCUUCUACGGUUUUAUCCUCCACCAUCAAUGAGGGCUGAAGAUGGAAGAACAAAGACGAAGAAAAAGAGAAAGUAUGAGCAGCAAGAAAAUGAAGAAAAUCCACUAAGGUGUCCUGUGAAGUUAUAUGAAUUUUACUUAUCAAAAUGCCCUGACAGUGUGAAGACACGCAGUGAUGUGUUCUACCUACAGCCUGAGAGGUCCUGUGUACCAGACAGUCCUGUGUGGUAUACAGCAUCACCUUUGGGAAAAGAUCUCCUUGCAAAAAUGCUCAACAGGUUGAAAAUAGUGAAAGAAAUCAAUGAAGCAAUAUAUUGCUCUUAGGGACCAAUCAUAAUGCACACACGUUUGUACAUGUGUGUGUGGGUGCGUGCGCACACGUGUGUGUGUGUGUGUGUGUGUGUGUGUGUGUGUGUGUGUGUGUGUGUGAGAGAGAGAGAGAGAGAAAGAGAGAGAGAGAGAGAGAGAGAGAGCACAUGCACAUCUCUUGUCAUAUUCCAUUACUUUGUGUCAGUGACCUGUGUACAAGCUCAGAAAUUCAUUGUAAAAUGAUAUAAAACUGCUAUCUUACAGACUUAAUGAACUGAAAUGAAUGGAGUAGUAGUAAUAAAGUGAAAGACCUAUCUAUUCAGAGGUUGAUCUUAGCGCAAUAAAAUAUAAAGCUAAUGCUGCAGUGCAAGAAUUCGUUUUAUAUUUUUUGUGGAGCGAUGAAUAUUUAAAAAUGUGAUAAUUGUACAUUUUUGUUUUUGUAAAUGAACAGUGGGUGCUCAGCAAUGAACAUUUGCUGAAAUGAAACUGUGAUCAAAACUGCCAAUCCUGUUUCUGUUUCUUCCACCCCUCCCCCAUUUUGACAGUAACUUACAUUUUCUGAAAUUUCUUUCUUGAACAACAAAAUGAUAUUAAGAUUUUGAAAUAAUUUAUUUUUACUAAUGUAACAGACAUUUUUACAUUGUGUAUGAAGAGAAAGAGAGAAAAUGAAUAUGAAAAUCUGUGUGCAAAUGGCACUGCUCAGUGUUUGUGUGUGCCAGCAUUCCCUAAUUUAAACUGUGCUGGUUUGUGUAUAUUGUGUAUAAUAAUUGUAAAUUAUACAGAAAAGCAGUUACGUAAUUUUUAAAACUGAUUCUUGGUUUUUUAUUAAUUUGGUACCUCAAUUUCAAACUAUAAAUAGUCAGAAUUGCUCCACACCGAAGCGUAUUGUGUAAGGAUUGCAAUUUAGUGUAGCAUUUUUCUCUGUUGUCGACUUUGUCUAUCAAAAAAUUUAAUAAAUUUCCGCAAAACUAA